UAGUUGAUUCAUACGCAGUUUGCACAGUUUGCCAAACUCAAGCGAAUACAUUUCACCUCGAGACAACAAUGAGCAGUGCAUGGAAUAGGCUUGCCGCACACACAGUGGGCAAGGCUGUACUCAGGGACACAACCUGAAAUAAUCCCUCGGCUCGGAAUUUCAAACCAACGUUCAAUUCAGUGGGACGAGAAAGGAAUAUCGUCAACGUGCAUUGCGUGAGUCGGUGUUGCCGAUACUCAUGAUCACCGUUCUAGGAUUAACUCUUAGAUGCCAAGCGAAUUUAAGUAGGCCUAGCUAUUAGUUUCCAUCGUUCGCCAUUACCGCUCUAUGGUUUGCUUCAGGCCUGUGUCAGUUUUGACCAAGACCAAAUUCGUGGCGCUGCUUAACCGAACAAAAAGGUUGACUGGUGAACCUGGUUCCUGAAUUCUUGAGCUUCCACUAAAGACACUGAAGUGGGCGAGAUUUUCUACGAGACAAAUUGGUAAUGGUACCUUUACAAGAACAGUUCGAUUGACUUCCACGACAAACACUUCGGCCUGAGGGAGACAUGGGUCCACCGACAAGAGCAGCGAAGAUGCUCCUAGUCAUUAUGACAUUUCUUGGAUUGAUACAGAGAGGCCGAGGGAUUGCGCCGGCAAGUGAUAUGUAUAGUUUUCAAAUGGGACCCCGUAGUGGUACUGAAGAUGGUGGACCUAUUGAAAUCGUUGUGACGAGGACUGGAAUGCACGUUGAUGCCAAUUCUACAGUGGCUGUUGCCAGCUCUGAUGGAACGGCGACAGCCGGUGCAGAUUAUCUUGUGGUGAUGGAAACGUUAGAAUUCCAGCUGACGAGGAACCAAGUCAGUGUUACCGUGACAAUCAUUGACGAUGGUGCCGCAGAGGACACCGAGUGUUUCACACUGACACUGUCAAAUCCCGAUCCCACUGGCACUCUUGGGUCAGCAACUGAAAUUUGCAUCGUCGAUAAUGAGGAUCCUUGUACGUGUCCUGGUGGCUGCCCGGCCGUGCCAUGUUCAAAUGGGGGUACAUGUAUGGAUGCUGGUCAUGGAAUGAAUAACUGUACUUGCCCUUCGGGGUGGAAGGGCGCCACCUGUGACGAGGAAGCCGCAACUUACAAUUUUGAGCAGGCAUCCUACUCUACAAAUGAAGGAGAUGGCCCUAUUGAUAUCACCAUUAUACGCACUGGAGCUUCGGCUUUGGAAAGUACUCUUGUUGACGUUGUUACCUCCGAUGGGACUGCUGUUGCAGGAAUGGAUUAUAUACCACAGACUACCACUCUAAACUUCAUAGAUACAAAUAUCACAGUAUUCACGGUCACAAUAAUUGAUGAUGACAGCGCGCAGGACACGCAUUGUUUCACCUUGUCUUUGAUGAAUCCAGAUCCAAGCGAUGGACAAGUUGGUGCUGAUACAGAAAUCUGCAUCAUUGAUGAUGAAGAUCCAUGUGCUUGCACUGGUAAUUGUCCACUCGUACCAUGUUCAAAUGGAGGUAUGUGUAUGGAUGCUGGUCGUGGAAUGUACAACUGUACUUGUGCGUUUGGAUGGAAAGGAUCUACCUGUGCCGAUGAAGCCACGGUAUACAAUUUUGAGCAGGCAUCCUACUCUACAAAUGAAGGAGAUGGCCCUAUUGAUAUCACCAUUAUACGCACUGGAGCUUCGGCUUUGGAAAGUACUCUUGUUGACGUUGUUACCUCCGAUGGGACUGCUGUUGCAGGAAUGGAUUAUUCAUCUCAGACUGCCACUCUAAACUUCACAGAUACAAAUAUCACAGUAUUCACGGUCACAAUAAUUGAUGAUGACAGCGCGCAGGACACGCAUUGUUUCACCUUGUCUUUGAUGAAUCCAGAUCCAAGCGAUGGACAAGUUGGUGCUGAUACAGAAAUCUGCAUCAUUGAUGAUGAAGAUCCAUGUGCUUGCUCUGGUAAUUGUCCACUCGUACCAUGUUCAAAUGGAGGUAUGUGUAUGGAUGCUGGUCGUGGAAUGUACAACUGUACUUGUGCGUUUGGAUGGAAGGGCGCUACCUGUGCCGAUGAAGCCACGGUAUACAAUUUUGAGCAGGCAUCCUACUCUACAAAUGAAGGAGAUGGCCCUAUUGAUAUCACCAUUAUACGCACUGGAGCUUCGGCUUUGGAAAGUACUCUUGUUGACGUUGUUACCUCCGAUGGGACUGCUGUUGCAGGAAUGGAUUAUAUACCACAGACUACCACUCUAAACUUCAUAGAUACAAAUAUCACAGUAUUCACGGUCACAAUAAUUGAUGAUGACAGCGCGCAGGACACGCAUUGUUUCACCUUGUCUUUGAUGAAUCCAGAUCCAAGCGAUGGACAAGUUGGUGCUGAUACAGAAAUCUGCAUCAUUGAUGAUGAAGAUCCAUGUGCUUGCACUGGUAAUUGUCCACUCGUACCAUGUUCAAAUGGAGGUAUGUGUAUGGAUGCUGGUCGUGGAAUGUACAACUGUACUUGUGCGUUUGGAUGGAAAGGAUCUACCUGUGCCGAUGAAGCCACGGUAUACAAUUUUGAGCAGGCAUCCUACUCUACAAAUGAAGGAGAUGGCCCUAUUGAUAUCACCAUUAUACGCACUGGAGCUUCGGCUUUGGAAAGUACUCUUGUUGACGUUGUUACCUCCGAUGGGACUGCUGUUGCAGGAAUGGAUUAUUCAUCUCAGACUGCCACUCUAAACUUCACAGAUACAAAUAUCACAGUAUUCACGGUCACAAUAAUUGAUGAUGACAGCGCGCAGGACACGCAUUGUUUCACCUUGUCUUUGAUGAAUCCAGAUCCAAGCGAUGGACAAGUUGGUGCUGAUACAGAAAUCUGCAUCAUUGAUGAUGAAGAUCCAUGUGCUUGCUCUGGUAAUUGUCCACUCGUACCAUGUUCAAAUGGAGGUAUGUGUAUGGAUGCUGGUCGUGGAAUGUACAACUGUACUUGUGCGUUUGGAUGGAAGGGCGCUACCUGUGCCGAUGAAGCCACGGUAUACAAUUUUGAGCAGGCAUCCUACUCUACAAAUGAAGGAGAUGGCCCUAUUGAUAUCACCAUUAUACGCACUGGAGCUUCGGCUUUGGAAAGUACUCUUGUUGACGUUGUUACCUCCGAUGGGACUGCUGUUGCAGGAAUGGAUUAUUCAUCUCAGACUGCCACUCUAAACUUCACAGAUACAAAUAUCACAGUAUUCACGGUCACAAUAAUUGAUGAUGACAGCGCGCAGGACACGCAUUGUUUCACCUUGUCUUUGAUGAAUCCAGAUCCAAGCGAUGGACAAGUUGGUGCUGAUACAGAAAUCUGCAUCAUUGAUGAUGAAGAUCCAUGUGCUUGCACUGGUAAUUGUCCACUCGUACCAUGUUCAAAUGGAGGUAUGUGUAUGGAUGCUGGUCGUGGAAUGUACAACUGUACUUGUGUGUUUGGAUGGAAAGGAUCUACCUGUGCCGAUGAAGCCACGGUAUACAAUUUUGAGCAGGCAUCCUACUCUACAAAUGAAGGAGAUGGCCCUAUUGAUAUCACCAUUAUACGCACUGGAGCUUCGGCUUUGGAAAGUACUCUUGUUGACGUUGUUACCUCCGAUGGGACUGCUGUUGCAGGAAUGGAUUAUUCAUCUCAGACUGCCACUCUAAACUUCACAGAUACAAAUAUCACAGUAUUCACGGUCACAAUAAUUGAUGAUGACAGCGCGCAGGACACGCAUUGUUUCACCUUGUCUUUGAUGAAUCCAGAUCCAAGCGAUGGACAAGUUGGUGCUGAUACAGAAAUCUGCAUCAUUGAUGAUGAAGAUCCAUGUGCUUGCACUGGUAAUUGUCCACUCGUACCAUGUUCAAAUGGAGGUAUGUGUAUGGAUGCUGGUCGUGGAAUGUACAACUGUACUUGUGCGUUUGGAUGGAAAGGAUCUACCUGUGCCGAUGAAGCCACGGUAUACAAUUUUGAGCAGGCAUCCUACUCUACAAAUGAAGGAGAUGGCCCUAUUGAUAUCACCAUUAUACGCACUGGAGCUUCGGCUUUGGAAAGUACUCUUGUUGACGUUGUUACCUCCGAUGGGACUGCUGUUGCAGGAACGGAUUAUUCAUCUCAGACUGCCACUCUAAACUUCACAGAUACAAAUAUCACAGUAUUCACGGUCACAAUAAUUGAUGAUGACAGCGCGCAGGACACGCAUUGUUUCACCUUGUCUUUGAUGAAUCCAGAUCCAAGCGAUGGACAAGUUGGUGCUGAUACAGAAAUCUGCAUCAUUGAUGAUGAAGAUCCAUGUGCUUGCUCUGGUAAUUGUCCACUCGUACCAUGUUCAAAUGGAGGUAUGUGUAUGGAUGUUGGUCAUGGAAUGUACAACUGUACUUGUGCGUUUGGAUGGAAGGGCGCUACCUGUGCCGAUGAAGCCACGGUAUACAAUUUUGAGCAGGCAUCCUACUCUACAAAUGAAGGAGAUGGCCCUAUUGAUAUCACCAUUAUACGCACUGGAGCUUCGGCUUUGGAAAGUACUCUUGUUGACGUUGUUACCACCGAUGGGACUGCUGUUGCAGGAACGGAUUAUUUAUCGCAGACUGCCACUCUAAACUUCACAGAUACAAAUAUCACAGUAAUCACGGUCACAAUAAUUGAUGAUGACAACGCGCAGGACAUGCAUUGUUUCACCUUGUCUUUGAUGAAUCCAGAUCCAAGCGAUGGACAAGUUGGUGCUGAUACAGAAAUCUGCAUCAUUGAUGAUGAAGAUCCAUGUGCUUGCGCUGGUAAUUGUCCACUCGUACCAUGUUCAAAUGGAGGUAUGUGUAUGGAUGCUGGUCGUGGAAUGUACAACUGUACUUGUGCGUUUGGAUGGAAGGGCGCUACCUGUGCCGAUGAAGCCACGGUAUACAAUUUUGAGCAGGCAUCCUACUCUACAAAUGAAGGAGAUGGCCCUAUUGAUAUCACCAUUAUACGCACUGGAGCUUCGGCUUUGGAAAGUACUCUUGUUGACGUUGUUACCUCCGAUGGGACUGCUGUUGCAGGAAUGGAUUAUUUAUCGCAGACUGCCACUCUAAACUUCACAGAUACAAAUAUCACAGUAUUCACGGUCACAAUAAUUGAUGAUGACUACGCGCAGGACACGCAUUGUUUCACCUUGUCUUUGAUGAAUCCAGAUCCAAGCGAUGGACAAGUUGGUGCUGAUACAGAAAUCUGCAUCAUUGAUGAUGAAGAUGUAGUCAAGCCUGUCUUUGACCCAUGCCCUCCUGUACUCCAAGCAAGCUACCCAACUGACUUGAACUUCCCAACAGCCGUCGUCAGUUGGACUCCACCAAAUGUAACCGAUAACAGUGGGGGACCUGUCACGGUCGAUGCCAGUCAUAUGCCAGGGGAGGCAUUCAACAUUGGAGUAACAAGAAUCAUGAUGAAUGCAACUGAUGAAAGUGGCAACAUGGAAUCAUGCGUGUUCAAUGUCACUGUUGUUGACGACCAGCAACCCAAUGUGACCUGCCCUACUGGCUUCACACUCUACACUGAUCCACAAUCCAAUGUUAGCACUGGUGGCUGGUCUCUGCCUAAUGAUGCAUUUGAUAAUUCUGGUGUCUUCACUGCGACAUCGUCACUGGAUCCUACAGAGCCACUGGGUGUUUCUAAUCACCACGUCUCCUACACUGUUGUGGAUGCAGCCGGCAAUGACAUUAAUUGUGGUUUCUACAUUACUGUGCUUGAUAAUGAAGAUCCCUUCUUUGAGCCAUGCCCAACUUCGGUCACAGUUCAAACUGACCCACAGCAGAACACCGCUAAUGUGUCAUGGCCGCCUGUCAUUCCGAUGGACAACGUUGCAGUUCAGGAAUAUAACUCCAACUACCAGCCUGGGCACUUAUUCCCAAUUGGUGACACAGACGUUGAGUACAAUGUGACCGACACGUCAGGGAAUACAGGUUCCUGCUUUUUUGUGGUGACAGUUGAAGACAUGGAGCCUCCUGCUAUUACUUGUCCCAGUGCAGCCAUUGUAACUGACACAGACCCUCAACGGAGUGUCGCUAAUGUGACAUAUGUCACGACUGCUGCUGACAAUAGUGGGGAGUGGACGGUGUCAUGCACCCCAGCCUCGGCAACCAACUUCCAAGUUGGAGUGCAGAAUGUCAUGUGUAUCGCCACUGAUCCCUCGGACAACACCGAAACCUGCUCAUUUGCAGUCUUGGUAUCAGACAAUGAAGAUCCGGUCUUCGAUACCUGUCCAUCUGAUAUCACACUCAAUGAACCACUGGAGAGUUUCGUCAACUUCACUAUCAUGGUCAACUGGACACGACCCGGGGUGACCGACAACGUUGGCGUGGUUCGAUUGGAUGAAACUCAUGAACCAGGCAGUGUCUUUGGCAUUGGCAGUCACCUGGUUACGUACACAGCCUACGAUGCUGCUGAUAAUAUGGCUACUUGUCAGUUCAACGUCAUUGUGAAUGACGUGCAGCCGCCAGUUAUUACCGGCUGUCCCGUGAACCUUCCUAGGUUCCCAACGGACCCCACUCGGGAUACAGCCAGAGCAUUCUGGGAUGAACCUCAAGCUUCAGACAACUCGGGCAGCGUAACUCGGACCUCUAACUAUGACGUUGGUGAUGCGUUCCCUGUCGGAGAUACCGUGGUGGUGUACACGGCAGAGGAUGGCAGUGGUAACACCGUCAACUGCAGCUUUGUUGUCCAGGUCUAUGAUAAUGAGCCUCCUGCAUUUACUGGCUGCCCCUUCCAAGGAGUCACCAGUGACACAGGUCUGCAGAGCGAUCGUGGAGUAGCUUCGUGGUCAGAACCACAAGGCACAGAUAACGUGGCGGUAGCCAAUGUACAGUCAGACUACCGGCCAGGAGAUAGCUUCCCAUUGGGUGCAACUGUCGUCACAUACACUGUGACUGAUACCGCAGGAUUGGUCGCCGAAUGUGCAUUUACGAUUACCAUUUCGGAUGGUGAGAAUCCCAGCUUGACCAACUGCCCAGCGAGUUUCACUCUAACGGUGGAGUUAGCCACAGACACAGCCGUUGCAGAUUGGAUUCCGCCGACUGCCUUGGACAACUCCGGCACAGUGACCCUGUCUACGACCUUUGAACCCGGCCAGUCACUUUUGCCUGGUGAAUACAGCGUGACGUACACCGCCACCGAUCCGGCAGGCCGGACAGCAACAUGUCCUGUCUUCACUAUCACUGUGGAACCAAAUCACAAUGAAUGUUCUCUGCCAGAAGUCAUGGGGGAAUGUUCAUCUCGAGGAUUGACAUGUGUCAAUCAGCUGGAAGGUUACACAUGCGACUGUCCCACCGGCUUUUUCAAGGCUGGAAACUCAGAUACCUGCCUGCAAGGAAGAAUGUUUCGUUUUACUUUCGUCAUUGUGGAGAUCAGCAACAGCCCAGCUGUAUUCACUAACGACCUCACUGAUCCCACCUCAGUUGCGUUUCUUUCACAUCAGAGACGCCUUGAGAACUUGUUCAGUAUUGCCUUCGGCAAUCUAUCCGAGUUCGGCCGCAUCAUUGUCUUGUACUUCUUCAGUGGUAGCAUAGGUGUGGAAGCAUUGAUUUCAGUCAACGGGAACUCCACGGCCAACCAAACGGACGUGGAAAAUUCCAUUGAUGCCGCCAUCUCAGCAGAUGAUUUAUUCUUAAAUUCAGAAUAUAAGGUCACCCCCAGCGCCACUACCUUUUUGGAAGAAGUUUGCCUGGAUGGGUUCUGUGACAAUGGAGGAACAUGCCAACCCAAUGCUUCCAGCUACCUCAGCUCCUGCGUGUGUCCUGCAGGUUUCAGUGGAGACAGAUGUGAGACAGUGAACGAUACCAGCCUCUCAUCUGCAGCUAUUGUGGCCAUUAUCGCGAGUAUCCUGGGUCUUCUCUUUAUCGUUAUUCCUACCGGUAUGCUCGUGUUUCUGACGAUGACGAAAAGAGCAAGGCUGGCUUGGUGGAAUAGGCAACAGAGCGCCACCACGCGCCCAUCUGAGCGGCGCAAGGCAAUGUACGAGUCCCCACACCCUAGGAUAUACCUGAACAAAGGCUUCAGACCGUCCUUGUCGGAAUUUACCAUCCCUUACAUGGCACGGUCCGGGGAGGCGGACAUUCCGCUUCGCCAGAUGAUGUCAAGAGACGAAAGCAUUUAUUACUAAGCUCAUAAUUGCUAUCGGCGUGAACUGAGGGAAAAAAUCCUAACUUUCUAAAAUAUAAGUAGAGUAUACAUUAUUUGGGUUGUUUUUCACUCGAACUCAGGACAUUUCCAAUGGCAAUGGUGACCUCAUUUGUGACCUCCACUCUCAUUGGAUAGGUUUGGUUCAAACUUUGACCAAGCUGCAACGCGGCCAGCGCAACUAAUUAUUCCUGCUUUGCUCUUGACAGUAAUGUAUCAACAUGCUUUGCCGCCUCGCGAACCACAAAAGAUUUAGAAGAGAACAAGGUCGGGUCCGAAACACUUGGCCUACGGUCGGAUAUAUUAACACACGAGUCUACGGGGAGUGGCUGCAGCCGCUAGCCAGUGGCUUUCAUAGGUGCGCGUGUUAUUUCCGGCCGUAGCCAAGUGAUUCGCAUAUACAGCCUUAGAAAUCACCAACGCACUUACUAGCUAGCAAUUUUUAUAUACAGCCUGUCUAAAAAAAAAAUGGUACAAUCGAAAACGAUUUUUUUUUUCAUUAUUAAAUCUCAACAUAAGUAAGUCGUUUUGAGCAUCACAUUAAAGGAAAAAGACCAGGCUUGCAAUACUUUUCGUUUCAUCUCAUUUGCUUUUGUCAAUCCAGAGAUAACUCCAGUUUACUGCGGAACACAAAAAUCGAGUUUGUUUCUUUUGCCAAGUUGCAAUCUUUUGUGAGCUUCAAGA